AAAUUUACCGAAAAUACAUUCGUCUUCGUCGAUAGUUAGUGGUCCAGCUGCCGGAGCUUCGUCGAGCUCAGAAAUGGAGAACGCGGCGGUCCUUAGGGAGUGGUUCGAGCGAGUUGACUCGGAGAAGACUGGAAGCGUCACGGCUCUUCAGCUCAAGCAAGCCUUUGCCGUCGGGAACCUCGAAUUCUCCCUCUCCGUCGUCGAGCAGAUGAUCCGGAUGUACGAUUAUGAUCGAAAUGGAACUAUGAGCUUUGAAGAGUUUGUUGCGCUCAACAAGUUUCUUCUCAAGGUUCAACAGGCCUUCUCAGACCUGGAGAGGGGUCAUGGAUAUCUUGCUCCAGAAGAUGUUUACAAGGCAUUGGUGAAAAUUGGUUUCUCCCUGGACUCCCCUUCAUUUUAUACAGUCUGUGAGAGCUUUGAUCAAAAGAAGAAUGGAAGGUUUCGGUUGGAUGAUUUCAUAUCUCUCUGUAUAUUUAUACAGUCUGCUAGGAAUCUUUUUAAUUCAUUUGAUACAGCCAAGCAAGGAAGAGUCAGCCUUGACUUCAAUCAAUUUGUCUACUGCACUGCCAAUUGUCGAAUAUGAGCUCAACUAUACUCGGGGUGAACUUGAAGCUCUGAGUCGCUACAUCAGACGGUUGUAUCUAUAUGUACUGUGUAUACAAUUAUAUCGUGACUUGAAAUGUUAUAUGUUUGUUGUCUGCGAGCCAAAUCCAUUUCUUCCUUGUAAAUGGAUGAAUAUCUUUUGCUUGGUAUUAUCACUAGCUUAAUUGAACCGAGCAGGUGAUAGGAUGCAGCUGAUGAUUAUGCUGCUCAAGUAUCGAGCAAGUGCUUAAAUCAAAUAGGGGAAUUGGAUCUUUUCCCCAUAACUCA